GUUAUCGAGAUAGGUCUAUAAAAAUAUGGAACUAUGAAACGGACGAAGUGGAACUGGUUCAAAAUUUCGAAGAUGACAUUUACGCUGUUUCCUUACAUCCUACCGGACUCUAUGCAGUAGUGGGAUUCUCAGAUAAACUUAGAUUCAUGACAAUUAUGAUAGAUGAUAUAAUAACAACGAAAGAAUUUGGCAUCCGAAAUUGCGAAAUGACAAGUUUCAGUAAUAUGGGUCAUAUGUUCGCAGCAAGUAACGGCAAUAUUAUUCAAGUUUUCUCAACCAUAAAUUUUGAGCAGAUGUACAUUUUGAAAGGUCAUAAUGGAAAAAUAAGAGGUAUGUCUUGGUCUCAUGAUGACAGCAUUCUGGCAACUUGUGGCAGUGAGGGUGCUGUAUAUGGUUGGGAUGUUAUAAAAUCCAAUCGACUCACCGAAACUAUAAUAAAAUCUAAUCCUUUCAAAGGAGUAUCAGUCACUAGAGAUGGAAAAAAUAUCUUCGCUGUCGGAAUUGACGGACACAUCAGGGAACUAGUCAACUCAAAUAUUCAAAGGGAUGUUGUACUAUCGACCGCUCCACUAGAUGGUCUGUCUUUAUCCGCACUGGACACAAUGCUUUUUGUAUCGGGUAACUAUGGCAGCGUAUUUGUGGUUAAACUUCCGUUACUGGAAAAAGCUGAAUAUAUGGAGUACACAAUGCAUAAUGUGAUAAUUUCCAAGAUAUGUUUAACAAGUGAUGAUAGAUAUCUGAUCACUGGUACCGAGGACGGAUGCCUUUGUUUCUGGAAGCUGCUGAAUAUAGAAGACAAAGCAAUCAAAUAUGAUCUCUCGUCUUCCAAUGAAAUUUUGAUAUCACGGCAGAUUUUGGAAGAUAAAAUAGAACAAAUAAAGAACUUACAGCUCCGAAUGAAAGAGUUGGAGACCGAACAUUCCUACCAAAUGAGACAAAAUGACGCAUUACAUUCUUUAAAAAUGAAAGAUAUUCACGCAGGAUACUGUAACGCUAUAGAAGAACUCAAAAUCAAGAAUGAGCAAAUGGAAGGAGAGCAUAUCCAAGAAAUAAAUAAUAUCAAUGCCCAAAUAAGCAAAAUGAAAGCUGAUCACGAACUGUUCGUGCAAAAAUUAGAAGCAAGCUACAAUGAGAAGCUCAUUGUAGAAUAUAAUAAAUUCGUCAAUUUUGAAACGAAAAUGGAUCAUAUGCUCAAAGAAGCUGAAGUUCGAUAUCAGAUAUUGAAGAAAGCUAAAGAAGAAUCAGAAGAGGCGUUAAACCUUGAAUUCAGGGAAAAAUUAAAAGAACAUGAAACCAGAUACGCAAUAGACAUCCACCAUGCUAGUGGAUUCAUACAGAAUAUACCAAUGUUGCAAAAAUCUGUUAAGGAUAUGUAUCACAAGUAUAACGCUGAUAAGGACUUUGAAGUAACUCAAGCAGAGGAUACAGAAGCAAAAAGCGAAUUUUUACGCCAGAGAGACUUUUUGGAGAGAACGGUGUCUACUCUGCAUUAUCAGGCUACAAAAAAUACCAAUUUGUUGAGUUACGAUAAAGUAAGAUUAGUGGACGAAAAUGCCUCUCUUCUG